GGGGGAAUCAAGCGAGGGAGGAGCCCCCCCCGAUGAAGGGCCCCGCGGCCUGGGGUGCCCCGGGGGGGGCACGUGCUCGCGGGUCGGGGGCUCCUUGGCUUCGCCUGCUGCGUGUUUGCUUCCGCGCUUUCCUGCCGCCGCUCCGGCCUCUGGGCGGCUCACAACAGAACCGGAGGAGGCCCGCGGAAAGCGCCGCCUGGGCUGAAACCGACACCACCGGGCGGGCGGGCGGGCGGGCGGGAGCCCUCCCAGGGCCUGUCCCCGCCCGGCCCGCACCCUCGCGCAGUGACAGCCCGCCCGGGGGGCCAGCCGCGCUUCUCUCGUCGGAUGUGAUCAGUCAGGUUCUGCCUGAUGCGACGACAACAGCCUUUGAAUAUGAAGAUGAGGAUGGUGAUCGAAUUACUGUUCGAAGCGAUGAGGAAAUGAAAGCUAUGCUGUCCUAUUAUUACACCACCGUAAUGGAGCAGCAAGUCAAUGGGCAGCUAAUAGUGCCUCUGCAGAUCUACCCAAGAGCCUGCAAACCUCCUGGGAAACGGAACAUACAUGGCCUGAAGGUAAAUACACGGUCAGGGUCUGCUAACAAUAGCAGUGCAGCCGUCUCGGACUCCCUUCCAUGCAAUAGUUUAAAGAAGUCUUCUGCAGAACUGAAGAAAAUAUUAGCGAAUGGCCAGAUGAAUGAACAAGACAUACGGUAUAGAGACAUCCUCGGUCACGGCAACGGAGGGACUGUCUACAAAGCAAACCAUGUCCCCAGUGGGAAAAUACUAGCAGUCAAGGUGAUCCCUUUAGAUAUUACACUGGAACUUCAAAAGCAGAUUAUGUCAGAGUUAGAAAUUCUUUACAAGUGUGAUUCAUCCUAUAUCAUAGGAUUUUAUGGUGCUUUUUUUGUAGAAAACAGGAUUUCCCUUUGUACCGAGUUCAUGGAUGGAGGAUCUUUGGAUGUUUACAGAAAGAUUCCGGAACACGUGCUGGGAAGAAUAGCUGUAGCUGUGGUUAAAGGCCUUACAUAUCUAUGGAGCUUGAAGAUUUUACACAGAGAUGUGAAGCCCUCCAAUAUGUUGGUGAACACAAGAGGUCAGGUCAAGUUGUGCGACUUCGGGGUGAGCACACAGCUGGUGAAUUCCAUAGCCAAGACGUAUGUUGGGACAAAUGCUUAUAUGGCGCCGGAGCGGAUUUCAGGAGAGCAGUAUGGCAUUCAUUCUGAUGUCUGGAGUCUGGGGAUUUCCUUCAUGGAGCUUGCUCUCGGGAGGUUCCCGUAUCCUCAGAUUCAGAAAAACCAGGGAUCUUUAAUGCCUCUCCAGUUACUCCAGUGCAUUGUUGAUGAGGAAUCGCCUGUCCUUCCGGUUGGGGAGUUCUCCGAGCCGUUUGUACACUUCAUCACUCAAUGUAUGAGGAAGCAACCGAAGGAACGGCCGGCUCCAGAAGAGUUAAUGGGCCACCUCUUCAUCGUCCAGUAUAACGAUGGGAAUGCUGAGGUCGUCUCCAUGUGGGUGUGCCGGAUGUUGGAAGAAAGGCGUUCGCAGCAGCAGCAGGGACCUCAAUGAACAGAAGGAAGACCAUAUGUCCAAGCGACAGAGAUUUGGAGAAUGCUGGCCAAGGCCCACCCGGACCCUUGAGGCUUUGAUGGGAGUCUUGGCUCGGGGACAUUUGAUCUGACGGAGUCUUUGGGCUACAUGUGUGGUGACUCUUUGUUCUGAAAAGAUGCUUCUGCAGACUGACUGAUCGCUGUCCAUCAUGCUGCACACUGCAACCUUAAGACAAUAAUAUUAUUAUAUUUUAUUAAAUUUCCUGUAUAUUUCUUGACUUUGGAGUAUUUUAUACAUUUCCUUUUAUUAUACUAGCUUUAAAAAAGCUGUGUGAGCAGUGGAGAUAAAUUCCUGGGCACAGGCUGAACUGUCUUUUGGACCACGGAAUCACAAAUACAUCUGCUUAGGUUUUUAAUGUUUAAAUACCAAAAUGAAGUGGAAAUUGACCAGUCAGAGGAAAUGUGACAAUAAUGAUCUUGGAAGAAUAAAAAGUGUUAACAAGUA